GUAUUUCAGAAGCGUCAAAAUGGCUACCAAUGUAUCUAGGGAUGAAGAAAAAGAAAAGGCAAAGGAUGAUGAAAAAGCAAAAGCGAUUGCCGCUUGGAAGAACAAGAAUGAAGCAGCAAAGAAGGGAGAGAUUCUCAGAGAAAUACAGAAACUGAAAGUCCAGAUUCAGGCGAUGGAGCGAGAGAAGUGUACCCACCUGUACAGCAAGAGGAGUGACUUCAGAGAUGAGUUCAGUCAGAUUGAGGAAUUAGAGGACAAACAGAACAAUGAGAGAAAGACUGAACAAGUGAAGCUGAAGCAGCAACUGGAGAAGAUCAGUCACAUGGUGAAACGCUUCCACAAGGAGCUGAGAGACGUGAAACCAACACCUGAGUUUGUUGAGAGAUUGAAAAUGAUCAUGGAAGAGAUUGAAGGGACCAUCAAUGCUUUUAAAGAACAGCAGAGAAAGCACUAUGAGUCCAUGUUGCUUGAGGAGCGUACCGGAUGGCUGGAGAUUCAGGCCCUUGAGAAGAAGUUCGACUCCUGGUCCCAGCUAGGGGCUGCAGUGGAUGACUCGUCCAGGGCGCGGUCCGCCCCGCACAAACCCCUCGCAACCGACCGCGACAUCACUAAAGACUUGCCCCCAGAAGUGGCCGCAUUUGAGAAGUUUGUAGAGCAGACUGGAGGAGUGAGAGGUGGCUGGGAUGAGUACGAUCAUCAGACCUUCCUCAAGUUUAGGCAGCGCUACCAGGGCAAGCCGGUGUUCCUGCAGCAUGUGUUACCAGCCCUGCCUACCCGUACUGAGGAGGAGAUACACGACCAUGAGGACUGGUACCAGGAAUACCUCUUCCUCAACGAGACCAAGAAACAGGCCAUCAGGAAGUGGAGGGAGAAGAAAGAGGAGGAGAAGGAAGAGAUACUGUCCAAGGCAACAGAGGAGCCAGAGGAAACCCCGGAUGAGCGCCAGGAAUGCCUCAGACAGAUCAUUGAGCAGGAGAAACUGGAGCGCAAGUCUAAACUAAAUUCUUACAAAGUUCAGAAGGAGCUGGAGAGAGCCCAGAAAGAGGAGAGGCAGCUUAGAGAGCAGCUGAAUCAGCAGCAGAGACAGCAAGAGUGGAAGCAGAAACAGGAAGAAAUGCAUCAGAAGGUUCUGGAACACAAGCGUCAACGGGAGGAGGAAGAGGCCUUCCAGCGGGAGCAGAAGGCACAGUGGGAGGCAGAGGAGCGGGAGAGGCAGAGGCAGGUGUCUGCGCGGGAGAUUGUCAAGUUCAGGCAGCGGGAUGAGGCAUCACUUCAGCAGAAGAAGGAGAAAGAGCGUGAGAAUGAGUUGGCUGCCAGAGAGAGGGAGCGCAGGCUGGAAAUGCUCAAAAGUCAGGUUGAGGUGGAGGUAGAACGUGACCCCAGCCGGCUGCUACAGCCCACCGCAGGGGUGAGGAACAGGGUGAAGGACAAGUCUACAGCUGGAGGACAGGUGCUGCCCAAUAUGAUGCCUCAUAGAGCUGUACCUGCUUGGAGACAGGGACCUUGACCUAAGUUCAGUUUUCAAGAACUGGUAAAUUGAUCUUUGAUCUUGGCCUAGAUAAAGGGUCAUCGCCAUUGACGUUGAACAAUGAAAAUCGCUGUCAGUUCAGCACAAAGAUUCGUUCACUUAACGUUUGCUGUGGGUAGUAGUGAACUAGGCAAAUAUUCCACCAAAGGUUUAUGCUUUCUCUGAACAUCGUGAUAAGAGCUUCAUGAUAAUUUCAGAUAUGGAAUGUGCAUAGUUUAAGACUACAUGUGCAUAUAUAGAUGCCUGAAAUACUGUGUUUGUUCAUAGCUCGGGUGAUUUUAGUGCUACAUACACUAAUAUGCACUUUUAACAGAACACUUAAAAUUCUAACUUCUGGAAAAAGGCUAAUUGUAUCAACUUGAAAUAUGUUGUUCAAAAUUAUUUUCUACAUUUCUCUUGUUAAAUUGACAUUAUUCAUUUAUGACAAACUUACAGUUUUUGACCACCCUCUGCAUGUGAACAUGGAAAUAUGCCAAGCUCGUAAUGCACGUGAAAAGACAUCAAAUACCCACAUACAACAUCAGACAUAACCGACCAGGUCUGUUUUCAAAAUAACCCAAUAUAAGUAUCAUUAUACCCCCACAAACGAAGUUUAGGGGGGUAUAAAGGAGUGAACUUGUCUGUCGGUUGGUCGUUCGGUCUUUACCAAACUUGGUCAGAAGUUGUAUCUACAUGAUGUCUAGGCCAGGUUCGAACAUGGGCUUUGCCAGGUCAAAAACUAGGUCACGGGGUCACUUAGUGCGUUUUAAACAUUCAGCAUGUUGUCCACUCUCUAAUUCAAGUAAUUUUCAUCCGAUCUUCACCAAACUUGGUAAGAAGUUGUAUCUAGAUGAUGUCUAGGCCAAAUUCGAACAUGGGCCUUGCCGGGUCAAAAACUAGGUCACAGGGUCACAUAGUGCGUUUUAAACAUUCAGCAUGUUAUCCGCUCUCUAGUUCAAGUAGUUUUCAUCCGAUCUUCACCAAACUUGGUAAGAAGUUGUAUCUAGAUGAUCUUAAGGCCAAGUUCGAACAUGGGCCUUGCCGGGUCAAAAACUAGGUCACGGGGUCACUUCGUGCAUUUUUUUACAUUCAGAAUGGUGUCCUCUCUCUUAUUCAAGUAGUUUUGAUCCGAUCUUCACCAAACUUGGUCAGAAGUUUUAUCUAGAUGAUCUGAAGGCCAAGUUUGAACAUGGGCCAUGCCAGAUCAAAAACUCGGUCACAGGGUCACUUAGUACGUUUUACACAUUGAGCAUGGUGUCCGCUCUCUAUUUCAAGUAGUUUAAAUCCAAUCUUCACCACACUUGGUCAGAAGUUGUAACUAGAUGAUGUGUAGGUCAAGUUCGAACAUGGGCCAUGCCGGGUCAAAAACUAGGUCACGGGUUCACUUAGUGUGUUUUAAACCUCACCAUGUUGUCCGCUCUCUAAUUCAAGUAGUUUUUAUCCAAUCUUAACCAAAAUUGGUCAGAAGUUGUAUCUUGAUAAUGUCUAGGUCAAGUUUGAAUAUGGGUCAUGCCGGGUCAAAAACAAGGUCACAGGGUCACUUAGUGUGUUUUAAACAUCACAAUGUUGUCCCCUCUCUAAUUCAAGUAGUUUUCAUCCAAUCUUCACCAAACUUGGUCAGAAGUUGUAUCUAGAUGAUGUCUAGGUCAAGUUUGAAUAUGGGUCAUGCCGGGUCAAAAACUAGGUCAUGGGGUAUCUUAGUGCGUUUUAAACCUCACCAUGUUGUCAGCUCUCUAAUUCAAGUAGUUUUCAUCCAAUCCUCACCAAACUUGGUCACAAGUUUUAUCUAAAUGAUCUCUAGGACAAGUUUGAACAUGGGCCAUUCUGGGCCUAAAACUAGGUCACGGGGUCACUUAGUGCGUUAUUUAACAUUCAGCAUGGUGUCCGCUCUCUAAUUCAAGUAGUGUUUACAUCAGAUCUUCACCAAACGUGGUCAGAAGUUUUAUGGAGAUGAUCUUAAGGCCAAGUUAGAACAUGGGCCUUUCUGGGUCAAAAACUAGGUCAAGGGGUCACUAAGUGCGUUUUAAAAAUUUAGCAUGGUGUCCGCUGUUUUUUGUGAAGACGACAUGCAAAAUAUUAUGUGUCCAUGCGGCAUGUGGGGGUAUUUGUCACGUCUGUGACAAAGCUCUAGUUAAACAUUUGUGUGACAAGUAGCCUGUGAAGUCACUAUCUGCAACAUUUUAUACCGUUUAUUGACUAUGGCAAAACGAACAGGUCUGUUUUGUGGAAUCUAGGAACCUUCUACUGGCAUUUAUGAGAUAUGAAGAGUUGCAUGUAAAGACAAAAACUGCAACCUGUUAAAGCCUACAGCAUAUUGAACGGGCCUGUAUUCGGGAAUGGAGGAACGUGGCCUUGACAUUAAUGAGUUAUAACCGGUUUUUGAUUCGAUUAGUAUGGCAACCUGUUAAAACAAGUAGUCGACAUACAUAAUAGAUAUCAUCAAGGAACCGAACUUAUUUAUACUUGUGAUAAACUGUUAAAUAAUGUACACAGAAAUUUAGUGUUUUGUAUUCUGUCAUUUUGUGACUAUAUUUUAGUGGUAUAUUGCAAAUGAAUGACAAUACAUCAAUUUUUUUUUCAAUUAAAAAAAAGCGAAAGGAGGUAUUUGAAAAUGGUGCAUUUGUGUUUAUCCCAAAUUGAAAUGAAAUCGUCUAGAAAUUAUGACAAAUGUCAUACCGGUAAUUAUGUUGUUAUCUGAAGGCAUAGAUUGGAACAAUUUACAUGUUAUAAAUCCAACAAUAAACUCUUGUCAAAUUACAGCAUUUAAUGUCUAAGUCCGUCAAACAUGUCUGAUAUAAAUGGUCAAAUGUUCUUUAGUGAUUGCCUUCACAUGAGCUUCGUUCUGGGAAAACUUGGCUUAACGGGUGUGCUUUAAAUGUGGUCCCAGAUAAGCCUGUGCAGUCCACAAAGGCUUAAUGGGUGUGCUUUAAAUGUGGUCCCAGAUAAGCCUGUGCAGUCCACAAAGGCUUAAUGGGUGUGCUUUAAAUGUGGUCCCAGAUAAGCCUGUGCAGUCCACAAAGGCUUAAUGGGUGUGCUUUAAAUGCGGUCCCAGAUAAGCCUGUGCAGUCCACAAAGGCUUAAUGGGUGUGCUUUAAAUGUGGUCCCAGAUAAGCCUGUGCAGUCCACUAGGUGUGCUUUAAAUGUGGUCCCAGAUAAGCAUGUGCAGUCCACAAAGGCUUAAUGGGUGUGCUUUAAAUGUGGUCCCGGAUAAGCCUGUGCAGUCCACUGGGUGUGCUUUCAAUGUGGUCCCAGAUAAGCCUGUGCAGUCCACAAAGGCUUAAUGGGUGUGCUUUAAAUGUGGUCCCAGAUAAGCCUGUGCAGUCCACAAAGGCUUAAUGGGUUUUCUUUAAAUGUGGUCCCAGAUAAACCUGUGCAGUCCACAAAGGCUUAAUGGGUGUGCUUUAAAUGUAGUCCCAGAUAAGCCUGUGCAGUCCACAAAGGCUUAAUGGGUGUGCUUUAAAUGUGGUCCCAGAUAAGCCUGUGCAGACCACAAAGGCUUAAUGGGUGUGCUUUAAAUGUGGUCCCAGAUAAGCCUGUGCAGUCCACAAAGGCUAAUUAGGGUCGAAACUUUUCGCUUAUAUAAAAUUUUACGUUUGAGGAAAGUAUUCGCUUAACGGAAAUCUAGUUUAUGCAGAAAGUGUAAUCUCUGAUAAACCUAUACGAAAUACACAGGCUAAUCUAGGAUGCAUUAAGACCGGUUUUCACAGAGCGCAGCUCAAUUAUAUACCUGUAUUUAAUCGGAGCAAUGUUGAUUUUGGUUCGUUUCCAAAAUACUUAUUUAUGACUUAUAUUAUCGUCUUUUUGUUUCUUGUGUAUAUUGAUAUGAAAUAAAUGCUAGUGUCAUGAAGAUCAUUAAGAAUAUUCGA